AUGAACAAAAUGGAUGCUGGUUCAUUAACACCGGGAAGAUUAACAGUGAUAUUGACUCUUUCCAUAAUUAUUGGACUGAUAUCAUCAACAUUAGGAGGGUCAUCAACUUCAAAUUCGGCACAAAAUUUUACUUCAAGUUUGACACAAAGAUUGACAACCCCAAUCCAGAUUACGCUGCAACCUGGUAUUAUCAAGCCAAAGAUAGAUGUAAAAAACUACACAAUCCAAUUGAAAAUAAGAACUUCGGAGACUUUCAGAGCCGAAUUAAUCAAUAAUACAUCUGAAUUAUACCAAAACUAUACCAAGGCGUCUAAGACAGUACUCAAUGAGUUAUAUAAAAAUAUUUUGGGCUUCAAUGCAAUAGUUAUUAAAAGUUUCAGCAAUGGAAGCGUCAUUUGUCAUUAUGAGGUUUUAUUCAAUCUUAGAGUAACUUCAAGGAAUGGCAUCACAGCUACAUAUAUUCAUGAUAUAAUAAUACAAAAGAUAAAGCUCUCCAAGAUUUUGAAGAAUUUGCCUGGUGAUUUUGAUGUAGCAUACUUUGAUGCCCAGAUGACUAAGUUCAGUAAGUCAGAUGCUGCCAAAAGGUUGACAGAUCCGUGUUUUGAUGCAUGUUCUGGUCACAGUCAGUGUGAAAUGAUAAAUUCACCAGAGGUCAUUAAAUGCAGUUGUAAAGAAGGUUUUAAAGGUGAAGAUUGUAGAGAUGUUGAUAGUACUAUAACAGUACAUGAUAGAAUCAUCAUUAUAGUUAGUAGUGUAUGUGGUGCAAUCGCCUUGAUUUUGAUCGUGAUGAUCUGUAUGUGUCUUUGUAACAGAAACAAACACAAAGGAUCAUCACAAGAACUUUACAGUCGUGAUUCUUUGUAUUGGUCAAGGAAAUGGCGUGAAAACUCGUUCAUGAAAAGCAAAAAUCGUGCGUACAAACCAGAAGCCGACAGAGCCUGGAGAAGCAUGGACAACAACUUUGGAGACAGAGCAGAACAAAAAGUAGGAGAUAUGGAUCGGAGAUAUGAAAAGCCUUCCAGGGAUAGCUAUGAGAUGGUGUAUUCGCCUAGCAGAAGCAUCUACGGGCGACAUUAUGACACCACCCAGAGACCUGCGAGAGAUUUCGAUGAAACUGAUCUCCAAUAUAAGCAAAUUCGUGAUCCUUACUCUCAUUCAGGAGAGCUUAUGAUCUAUCAACCAACCAGAUCACCAAGAGUGAACGCUGACCUACGAGUGUACUCAGAUUAUGCUGCUGUAGCUCCCAAGUACCAGGCGAACCCUUAUGAAGAACAGAGACACUCACGAGAAGUAUAA